AUUCAGCUUGGCCUGUACAGUUUUGUUUAUUACCUAUUAUUUGUUGGACGAACUAAUGCUGCCAUUAAAACAACUCAUUUCCCUUACGUCUCUCGCCACAUUGUAAUUGUAAUUGGCUGACGAUAUACCUACAGGAGACUUUUUCCCAUUUCCAACAAAAAUUACCCUUUCGUUUUCCCUCUCUCCCUCUGCGACAAUUGGGCAAUUGCAAUUAUUGUUUGAUUUUGAGAAUUUUUUUGGGUUCGCUUUCUUCGGUUAAUUUAUAUGCGCUUAGUUCGUCAAUGGAAACUGGUGUGCAGGGGCAUCUUGUGGGCUCGGAGAUUCAUGGAUUUCAUACGCUGCAAGAUUUGGAUUUCGGGAACACAAGGGAGGAAGCUAGAACAAGAUGGUUCCGCCCAAAUGAAAUUCAAGCAAUACUUUGUAACUACAAGUAUUUCUUAAUUAAUGUCAAACCAGUGCACUUGCCCAAAAGUGGUGAUAUUAUGUUAUUUGACCGUAAGAAGCUUAGGAACUUCAGAAAAGAUGGUCAUAAUUGGAAGAAGAAAAACGAUGGGAAGACCGUUAAAGAAGCACAUGAACACUUAAAAGUUGGUAAUGAAGAAAGGAUUCAUGUAUACUAUGCACAUGGGGAAGAUAAUCCAACAUUUGUCCGUAGGUGUUAUUGGCUACUUGAUAAGACUCUAGAACAUAUAGUCCUUGUGCACUAUCGGGAAACACAGGAGGGUUCUCCAGUCACACCUAUGAAUUCAAAUUCUAGUUUAGUCUCUGACCAGUCUCCUUGGCUUUUAUCAGAAGAAUUUGAUUCUGGAGUUGGUCAUGCAUAUCAUGUUGGCGAGAAAGAAGCUCUAGAGCCUGGUGACAGUUUAACUGUCAUAAAUCAUGUAAUGAGGAUUCAUGAGAUCAAUACGCUUGAAUGGGAUGACCUGGUGAUGAACAAUCCUAGAAAUUCACUCAUUCCUAAAGGAGAUAAGAUUACGAGCUUUGACCAACGUAAUCAAGUUGCAGUAAAUGGGUCCUCGAAUGAUGGUAUUUCUCUUCCCGCCUACAAUUUAUCUGCAGAAAUUCCUCCUUUAGAUAACUUGAGUGAGCCUGUUGCGAACAAAAAUUCUCAUUUAAAUAUUCCAGAGGAUGCUUACAGUCAGUCAACAAGAGUCCAAGUAAAUUCAAAUGUGCACAGGAAGGAUUCUAGUAUCAUAGGGACUGGUGAUUCUUUGGACUUGUUGGUUAAUGAUGGUCUGCAAUGUCAAGAUAGUUUUGGAGGGUGGAUAAACUGCACAAUAGCUGACUCUCCGGGUUCCAUAGAUAAUGCUGUGCUUGAAUCUUCGAUUUCAUCAGGUCAUGAUUCAUAUACUUCUCCAGAAAUUGAUCAACUUCAAUCUUCUGUUCCUGAACAAAUAUUUGUCAUCACUGAUACCUCUCAUGCAUGGGCUUAUUCAACUGAAAUGACAAAGAUUCUACUCACUGGAUAUUUCCAUGAACAGUAUCUACAUCUGGCAAAAUCUAAUCUGUGUUGUGUUUGUGGAGAUGCAUGUGUUCGUGCAGAAAUUGUUCAGGCUGGGGUGUAUCGCUGUUUGGUAUCACCACAUUCCCCUGGAAUAGUAAAUCUGUUUUUGAGUUUGGAUGGCCUUAUACCCAUAAGCCAAGUUUUAAAUUUUGAGUACCGCGCUGCAUUAUGCUAUCCUGUGGCUUCUUCAGAAGACAAACCCAACUGGGAAGAGUUCAAACUUCAGAUGAGACUUGCUUAUUUGCUUUUCUCUACAUCCAGAACCCUCAACAUUUUAACCAGUAAGGUAUCACCAGCUAACCUGAAUGAGGCUAAAAUGUUCUCCCACAAAACCUCUAUCAUUUCCCAUAUGUGGGCAUAUUUUAUUAAGUCAAUUGAGGACGGCAGAUUUUCAUUUGCACAAGCAAAAGAUGGUUUGUUUGAACUCUCUUUGAAGAACAUGAUAAAGGAAUGGUUGUUGGAAAGAGUGGUUGAAGGCUGUAAAAUCACUGAAUAUGAUGCUCAAGGUCAAGGAGUAAUCCAUUUGUGUGCUAUUCUUGGAUAUACUUGGGCUGUUUAUUUAUUUUCAUCAUCAGCCUUGUCAUUGGAUUUUCGGGAUAAACAUGGAUGGACAGCUCUUCAUUGGGCAUCAUAUUAUGGAAGGGAGAAAAUGGUUGCAGUUCUUUUAUCUGCAGGGGCAAAGCCAAACUUGGUCACAGACCCCACUUCAGAAAACCCUGGCGGAUGCACUGCUGCUGAUCUUGCAUCUGCAAAGGGUUAUGAUGGCCUAGCGGGUUAUCUAUCGGAAAAGUCUUUAGUGGCACAUUUCAAGGAUAUGUCUAUAGCCGGAAAUGUUAGUGGCUCACUACGAACAAGUGCAACUGACACUGUAAACUCUGAGAACCUAAGUGAGGAGGAGCUCUAUCUGAAGGAUACUUUAGCAGCUUAUCGAACAGCUGCUGAUGCAGCAGCACGUAUACAGGUUGCAUUCGGAGAACACUCUCUUAAAGUACGGACUAAAGCAGUUCAGCUUACAAAUCCAGAGGACGAAGCACAAAUAAUAGUUGCGGCAAUGAAAAUUCAACAUUCCUUUCGCAACUAUGAGACACGGAAAAAGAUGGCAGCUGCUGCUCAUAUCCAGUAUAGGUUUCGUAGUUGGAAAAUGCAGAAGGAAUUCCUUAACAUACGUGAACAUGCUAUCAAAAUUCAAGCUGCUUUUCGGGGUUUCCAAGUGAGAAGGCAAUACCGCAAGAUAGUCUGGUCAGUUGGAGUGCUUGAGAAAGCAAUUCUUCGAUGGCGUUUAAAGAGAAGAGGCUUUCGUGGGCUUCGUGUUGAUCCUGCUGAAGUAGUUGCAGAAGAUAUGCAGGAAAGCAAUGCGGAGGAAGACUUCUACCAUGAUAGCCGGAAACAAGCUGAGAAGCGUGUUGAGAAAGCGGUUGUACGGGUUCAAGCCAUGUUCCGUUCAAAGAAGGCACAAGAAGAAUAUCGAAGGAUGAAAUUGACCCAUAACCAAGCAGAGUUAUGUGAUUUGCCGUAAGUUGAUAGUCUGACAAUUCCAUUUUGCUGAUAACAACUGUUGUAUAGUUGCAGCUUGUUGACCAUGAUAUCAACAUUGACAGAUGAACUUGAUUGAAACUUCAGAUUGACUUGGUAAUUUUGCUGGUUAUUGAUAGUAUGCAUGUCUGUUUGAAUUUUAAUAGUGUGGCUUAUGCAUUUUAGUGGUCUAUACCUCUUGGUAGAUGGCUAGUAUAAUCUGAUCAUUCACUUUUUACCCUUUCA